AUCAUCCGACAACUGUGGCCCUAUGCUGGUCAGUAUGUAAAGGACCUAUGCAAGUACUCCAUCGAGCCCAGCAUGCGCACAGCUCUUGAGGAAUACAAGCUAAAUGGGUUCCAGUUCGAAAAGAUCAUUCUGGGAGACACUCCACCAAGAUUUUCAGGGGUCAAGGUCUAUGAUGACACGUCACGACACGAAAUCAUCAUGGACAUGGACUUUGCGUAUGCUGGAGACUGCAAGUUUGAAGUGAGCGUGUCAAAGUUCAAGAUGGGCAUCAAAGACUUACAGAUCUCUGGGAGACUCCGUAUCAUGAUGAAACCGCUGGUGAGGCAAAUCCCUCUUGUGGGUGGUCUUCAGGUCUUCUUCCUCAAUAAUCCUGAUGUGGACUUCAACCUCAUUGGACUUGCUGAUGUGUUUGAUAUGCCUGGACUCAGUGACAUCCUGCGAAGCAUUGUGACAGAACAGAUUGGACACAUGAUGGUGCUGCCAAAUAGAUAUCCCAUACAGCUUGUGGAAGACAUAGAUGUAGUUGAGCUCAAGUGUCCAGCCCCAGCUGGUGUGAUUCGUCUUAAUGUCAUCGAGGCCCAGAACCUGAUGAAAAAGGACAUUGGCAUCAUGGGCACGGGCAAGUCUGACCCAUACUGCAUCCUCCGUCUUGGUGCACAGAAAUUCCAGACCAAGACCAUUAACAACACGGUCAAUCCUAAGUGGGACUUUUGCUGUGAGGCAUUAGCCAAUGUGAUUCGAAGACAGCGGAUAUCAAUAGAGUGCUGGGACUAUGACUAUAGCCCACUGAAGUCGUAUGAGAAUGAUGAUUAUUUGGGCAGAGCCAAUUUGGAUGUUCAGGAAAUUUGGAAGAAUGGAGAAGUAGAUAUGUGGGUGCCGCUGUCUGAGGCCAAGUCAGGUCGCAUUCACAUCCGAGCCACUUGGUUGGAUCUCAGUGACACUGCUGACUCUCUGCAGCUGCAACUUGAGGAAAUCCGUGCCCUUCAGGUGACAACGAAGAACCCACUUCAUAGUGCUGUGCUCAUGGUCUGGGUAGAUUCUGCCAAGAAACUCAAUCCGUCACAUAAGCAAAUCCCAGAUCCAUUUGUGAGGCUCUAUGUUGGCAACGAGAAGGGAGAGACGGCUGUACGGCAGCGAACGAAUGACCCAGUCUUUGAGGAGGGAUUCACCUUCCUUGUCCGUAACCCACGCACCCAAGAGUUGAAGCUUGAGGUAAUUGAUCAGAAGACCAACCAGAUCCAAGGUAAGGUGGAGCUAGACCUCAACGUCUUCUUGAAGGAGCGCAAAAUGGAAGUUGUUGGUGAAGACUACAGCUUAAGUGGGGCCUCUGGAGGUCUGUCAACAUUAAAACUGAACAUAACUUUGAGGAUCUUGAAGACUGCCCUCAAAACUGAUGAUGGAGAUGGUGGUCCUCAGGAAAAGGGUGAGACGGAAAUCUCGUCCUCAUCUCCUGCUGCCAUAUCAGAACCUCCUCCUUCCUCUUCCUCCUCCUCCAUACCACCAUCCACACCUGCACCUCCUGUCCCAUCCAAAGAGUCAGUUGGCAUUCCUGAUCCUAUUCCUGCUGAUGGUCCUGAACAAAAGUCUGCCCCUGUAAGGGAACCUGGGUCGAUGGCAGACCAGAGUGAAGGCCCAAGUGUGGCCACAGAUGCUG